GCAGAUUGGCCCGGCUGGAGCUGAGCAAUGCUGGGGCUGCUAUAAAAGCCCUGCUGGGGCCAGACUCGGCCAAGCACUGCCCUGGCCACCUUCUCCUCCUCGGGGACAAGGAGCACCCUCGCAUCCCACGCCAAGAUGUCCUGCUACGACCUGUGCCCACCCAAAACCAGCGUGGCUGUGCCCCAGCCCAUCGCUGAGAGCUGCAAUGAGCUGUGCACCCGCCAGUGUCCCGACUCCUCAGCCUUGAUCCAGCCGCCCCCCGUGGUGGUCACCUUCCCCGGCCCCAUCCUCAGCUCCUUCCCGCAGCAAGCCGUGGUGGGCUCCUCCGGAGCACCGGCCUUUGGUGGCUCCCUGGGGCUGGGCGGCCUCUACGGCGCCGGCGCCACCCAGGCCUCGGGGGGCCUCUGCACCUUUGGCAGAGCCUACGCUGCUCCCGCCUGCAGCCCUUGCGUCCUGCCCCGCUACAGCAAGAAGCUCUGGGACACCUGCGGGCCCUGCUAGACCCACCACAGCCCCGCACCC